AUGGUUCUUUCCAAAAGAAUACAAACGCAAUCGGAUAUGGGGGCGUGGGCAGCAUCACUUGCUUAUGCAAGCAUAAUUGAUUUUAUUGAAAGUGUAAAUUAUGCUAGUGUUUCAAAAGUGGUUGGCCUUCUAAAUCUCUUGGAUGCUCAGGUUGAGCUGACACCGCUAGAGAUUAACCCUCAGCGCUAUGGAAACAGAGCUUUUCAGAAGUACUAUUCUUGGCUGUGCGAAAAUGCGUCCCACAUCUGUGCGGGAGUUUUGGAGAUUGAACCGUCUACUGUUAUCACAUAUCUUACGGAAUCUGUUGGCAAUCCUGUUCGUAUUGACUAUGGCACUGGUCAUGAACUUUCAUUCAUAGCCUUCUUGCUUUCUCUGUUCAAAAUUGGUUAUUUGAAGCAAGUGGAACGUGUAGGUCGCGGCCUGCAAGGUGGAUCUUCGACGGAACUCAAUGACUAUGCUGCAACAGCUCUCUAUAUUUUGCCUGCUUACCUCAAGCUUGUGCGUCAUUUACAGACCUAUUUCAGAAUGGAACCGGCCGGUUCCCAUGGCGUUUGGAGUCUCGAUGACUUUCAGUUUGUUCCAUACAUCUGGGGAAGUAGUCAGCUCAUUGGCACUGGCCUCUACGAACCGUCAGCUGUACCCGAUCAAGAGAUUGCUGAAAAGGAGGCUAAUUCGUGCCUUCUCUUUUCUUGCAUCAACUAUAUCUUUCAGGUAAAGACGGGGCCCUUUGCGGAGCACUCCAGCUGCCUCCAAAGUCUCAGUAGCGUGCCGAGUUGGGAGAAGGUUAACUCAGGAAUGAUCAAGAUGUACAAAGGAGAGGUUUUGAACAAAUUCCCGGUGGUACAGCACUUCCUCUUUGGUAAUAUACUUAAGUUUGAGCAGGCUUUAUCCACUCCGGACGCAGGACCGCCGGGGAGGUUCCGCUUCCCAGGCACUCCUGGUUUCGGACACUGCCUUAGUACUCGUCCUCGACCGCCCUUCGUCAAGCCCACUGGAGAUCCAUAA